GAUCUAUGCACCGCGCGUCAACUAAAACUAACCUAAAAACCAAAGCUAAUCAAAAUAGAAAACAUGACAGUUCAAAUUCAAAUUCCGAAUGUUCCAAUUUAGAUAAGUAAGAAAAGCUAACUACAUCAGCGUGCGAGAGAGAGACGACUAUGCCGCCCCGCGUCUGCUAUUUCGGUGACGUCGGCCGGUGCAUAGCGAAAUAAUUUAAUGAAAAGUGGCAUUCAGUAAAUUCGUUGUGUUUACGCGCGUUGCAAGUUUGUUUGGUUAGCGGUGUUAUUUUUGUGUGCGAUCCCGGAUCCGUACUUUUUUUAGAGAGGGUGGCGCCAUCUACGCUGUGUCCUAUAUUCCCGCGGUUGUUACACAUGGUGUUGUCAAAACAAAAGUGGCGAUAUGAGUAAACUAUUUUAUUAGUGACAGAAACUUUUACCUUACGUUAAUAAGUGGCAAUGCCCGAGUGCUUGGCGUGUUUUUGGUGCGGUAAAACUGUGCGGGUCCGUAGUGGAAAAUUGAGCUAGCGGUGUUUUUUUCCAAACUUAACCUACGACAAUCUUCAGUUGCGCGCGAGCUGUGACCGCACGCGCUUCGUGUUUACACGCGGAAAUAAACGAAAUCCCGCCGAAUGGACACCGCAAAGGAAACGACAGCCUCCGAAUUCUCAUUUCGGACUUCACGGGGAUGUGUUCGAAACGUUCCAUUUUCGAAUGCGAUGGAAUAGUCGCGCUGCGUUCGAUGACCUCAUAAAGUGAAAACUAUUUUUUUAAUUUUCACUUUGCUCAAUUUUGUGAUGUAGACAUAGUGCCUUCUCUGUACAAACUAAUGUGAUGAUAAAGUGCAAAGUUAGAGACUAGGUUAUUCUAAGGUGAUCGUGAACUAUUUUUUUCUUGUCAAAGAACACGUACAUGAAGAACUGAAUGCUUAUGGACAGAUACUGCGACAUUCUUGGGGUUGCCGUACGUAUGCCAUGGCGGAAUGCUCGUUCGCCCGCUGCCAACAAGAACGUCGCGCCAUACGCAAGGAACUGCAGCGUUGGACCAAGAACAUGGUUUACAUAUUGGGUCUAGAACGGGUGGCGGAGGAGUUGAUGGGUCGAAGAAAAUGGAAACUAUAUCAGGACGCGUUAGUACCCAAGCGCACCGAAGCCGAACGAUCCAGCGACGAAGAAUCCAUGCCUGCCACCGACCCCCCUCCCGCGCUCAAAAUAAAGACCAUAGAGCAGAUCAACGCGCCAGAAGACGACAGGCCGAAACUAGAACCGGAGACAGAGGCCGAACCGGAGAAGACGAGGCGGCCAGAGACAAUACUAGAGAGCCUGAUCAAAAGACCAGCAACACAGCCAAAGUUGGAAGUGCCCGAGGAACCAGCAGACUGGAAACCACCAGACAAAUGUUAUUUUUGUGUCGAUGGAGAGAGGGGUGAAACGGCCGCAGUGGACGGCAGGCAAGCGGGCGGCGCGACAAGUCCUGCUUCAGAAUCAGACAGCAGCUCCGUUUCGGGUGCAAAGAGCCCUGGAGCUGCUCCCCCUUUACUGCAACACUUAUUGCAGCUGCAGCUGCAAGCGCAGAAUCCACAAGCGAUCGCUCAGGUGAGCUGGGAACACUUGCAAAGCUUGUUAGAAGCCAACAACUCGAUGGGUGCGAAGAAUCAAGGAACAUCACCUUUGCUUCAACAUCUAUUGCAACUACAAUUGCAGGACCCAACUCCACAGAACAUAGCUCAGGGCUACAGCGAAAUGUGUGUCCAGUUCCAGCAGAUGAUAGCUGCGUUAGCUGCACUGGGUACCGGGCUGGUCCCACCUGCUCUCUCACAAGUUUGGUUGAUGCAGAGACUCGCGCAGAGUCGCCCUCCGGUCGACAGGCCGCCUGAAGGGGGAGAUAAGGCGCCGACGUCGUCAUCUCCAACUCUACUGGAGCAGCCUCUCGAUCUUAGCGCUAAAUCUACAUCCAGCACUAGCGGCACACCUCCUCCUGACUCCAAGAUCGUGGAUAAUAGGCUGAAACGAGCAGUAAUAGAAAAUGCAAGUAAUAGCAUAAACAGACGAACUUACACUGAUGACGAGCUUCAAUCAGCCAUCCGGGACAUCCAGUCAGGCCGGCUGGGCACACGGCGCGCAGCCGCCGUCUAUGGCAUCCCACGCUCCACACUCCGCAACAAAGUCAACAAGUACGGACUCAACGUCGAUCAACAUGACUCCGAGCCCGACAGUGAUUCCGAGAGACCUGAAUCUCCUCCUGUCAUUCUAAAAAUACCAAAUUACCGGCCCGAUGAGAAGAGUCCCUCUCCGGCCACACCCGCAACGACUCCUGUCACACCCAUCACACCUAUUAUUCCACCACCACAACCACCCAUCAACCCGCAGCCACAUCUCCCCACUUUCUUUGCUGACCCUCCAGCAAAUCAGCAUUUAUUCACGUCAAUAAACGACGUUAUAGUGAGAAGCAUUAGUCAGAAAUUCCAACAACUUCCUGACAGACCUCCUCAAACGGAUAUGCCGUUCAUGAGAGCACCCGAACGACAUGUUUCUGUUAUAAAAACACAACAGGAGAAUCAAAGGAACUACCCUACGCCGAGUAAUUCCAGGGCUACAACGAAUAACAACGGCCAACCAGCUCCAGGAGGUAAAGGUACGCGACCAAAAAGAGGAAAAUAUAGAAACUACGAUAGAGACAGCCUAGUCGAGGCUGUCAAAGCGGUACAGCGCGGCGAGAUGUCUGUACACAGGGCCGGCUCCUAUUAUGGUGUACCACAUUCCACUUUGGAAUACAAAGUCAAAGAGCGGCAUCUAAUGCGGCCAAGAAAACGCGAACCGAAACCACCGCAAGAUAUAAAACCGCAGCCACCGAAACCGCCACCUCCUAAGCCACCAACAAAAUCUUUCACUAACGGGAUGAACGGCCCGGAGACUCCAGGUUAUCCGACCGGCUACCCGUUUUGGCCUAAUCCUGGAUUUGCACCACCGCCCGCGACCGACUUAUACGCUUCGCACAUGAUGCGGCGAUUACGCGAAGAAGCACCUCCGCCCGCCAACGGAUCAUUCUUGGAGGGGAUCAUCCGAUCGAGCCUAGAGCGGCCGGGUGCGGCUCUGCUGCAGCGGUUGACGGCCGAGCCGAGGCCGCCGAUGGUUUCGUCGGGCGACGCGCCGAGCUUGCUGCGGCGGCUGGCCGGCUCGCCGCUGUCGGAGGACGGGCCGCCGGCGCGGCGCGCGCGCGUCGACAGCUCGGACCGGCAGCUGGCGGCCGAGAUGCGCGAGGCGGUGCAGCGGCUGCGCGCCGACAAGCUGCAGAAACCUCGCAACGGAGGCCCGUCGCCGCCGCCGCCCGCCGCGCCCUCGCCGCCGCCGCCGGCCGCGCCGCCCGAUCGCGCCUAGUGCUGCCUGCGGGCCUUCCCGCACCAUCUUUUCCAGUGACGUGACUCUAGUGUUAGCCUCUUAUCGCCCACGUUUUGAUCCGCGUCGAGACGCUCCGAUCUCCUCAGUCUUGUGAUAAUAUUAUGUAAAGUACAUUCCGUUGGGAGCGGGCCUGUACGUCAGCCGUUGCCGCGGCGGGCGAGGCCCGCAUGCGCACGCGCCGGGGCAGAACUAUGACGACUUUUUAGUGUGCAAUAGGACAUUUAAGGGUUCUUCAUACAAAACUCAUGCGUUAUUUGUGUAUACUGUUGUAGUGACAAUAACGUUAGUUACAUGCUUCUUUCAUAUUUUACAGAUUGACUGGGUUUGAUACGUUACGCAUUUAGACGUUUAUAUUUCACUACGCAGGUUAUUUAUGGAAGUAUUUUCAUUUUCCUUUCCGCUUCAGAUCAACCCAGAUCAUUCCCACGAUUUAUAUAACUCACGUCGACACUAUAAAUCACCAAAUAUCACAAUAGUUACCUAAAAGUCACAACCAGUUCAAUGUACCACAGCUUUACUUAUGCAAUAUCACAAUACAGUAGUUAAAGCCCCUGAUCUACACUAGAUUCUUCGAACGUGGUCGUUCGUGGCAGCGGUGUUUAUUUGCUUUAUGGUAUUUGUCGUAAGUUUUUUGUUAAGCGCAUAUUGUGGUGUACCUAAUAAUCUUAUAACGGAACGCUAAUAAUAUCUACUAAUGGACAUAUGUAGCAACUUGUAACACCGUAUGCCAAAGCGACGAUAAGGUUGUACAAAAUUUCCGGAAAAAUACAAGAGCCUCAAUUUUUGAUCUUGUUUUAAGUAAAAGACAACCAAAAGUUAAACGUUAAAAAAAUUAAAUAUUUAAAUAAUUAUAAGUAUAUAGAAAACAAUGUAACAAAUUAAAUAUAAAGCUAGCUAUGCGAGUGUAAAUGUUAUCGAUUUUUAAGUGAACUAUUGCAGAUUUUGUGCGGUGUUUUUACAAUUAGAUAGGUAAUAUAUUGAAUGAAAUUAUUAGCGCUAAUUGCGUGUAGAGUGCGGCUGUUGUGUCGUCUCUUUCUAACGCGAGAUUAACGACGGAAGGUGCAGGCUAGGCGUGGAUGGGGUCGCCGCAUCCCGGGCCCGCGACCGCUCGCGCCGCGGUAAGGUAUUAUGUGCAAUUAUUAUUUUCUACUAUAAAAUAGUAAUGUAAACUGUGUCUAAGCUAAUACGUGGGUUUCCAUAUUACUGAAUGUGAUAUUUAGGUAUUACGAUGCGAGUGCGGUUUGUUUCAAGACCUACGGGGAAGCCCCCAUCCCCACCACUAUACAUACACGUACGUUAUACAUUUAGUGAACUUAUAUAUAUUUUAUGUACUGUAUUAUCGUAUCCUAAGAAGAUAUAUUCUUAUUUUUCAAGGUCCAAGUUUUAAAUGUUUUAUCGACUAUACAAAAGUGUGAAUAAUCAUUAUUAUAUUCUUGUCAACUUUAAAAAAAAUAUAGGUAUUAUCCCAAAAAUCCUAAAAAAAAUAUAAAGUAAUUGAUAUCUUCAAAUUUGUGAAAUUUUUUGGUGUUCAAUCAAAAGUAUAUAUAAUUGAAGUACGAGAUGAAAAAAAAUGUAUACGCUCUCCCAAGAUAAAUUUAGGUGAAAACUAUUUGGAUAUAAAAUUAUCGUACGAUAGAUAUUGUAAGUUAUGUGUACAUGUGCGCCUCAUGGAAAUUAAGAAAUCUUUGUAUAUGUAUGUAAUUAAAUUAUACACAUAUUAUAUACAAGUUAUACCUAAAUAAUAAUGUCAUUUUCGUCAGAGACCAUGAAAUGUGCAAAAUAGUAUCUAAGAGAUGGGAAUCGACAUUUCGACGUGUUUUUAAAAUCCACGGACUGAGAGAAAAUUUAAAUACUUUGUUGAUUUUAUUCGUGAGAAUUUAUUAUAUCUACCUAUAUCCAAAUCAUGAUACAUAUCCCAAACGCCGAGAUGUCGAAUGCGUUCUCUUUAUAUAAAAAAAAGAAACUAAAAUUUUUAUAUUCCAAAUUUUGAACUAGUCGAUAGCAUGUGUUUCACUUAUUGUUUCUCUAUAAAUAAUUUUCGAUGUCUUUUUAGCAUUUAAUAUAAAAAUAUCUUAUAUUAAUGUUACGUGCAUUUAAUCGUCUGUGCGAUGUAUUUUUUUUACAUGAAACAGUUUUAUUGAGAUUUAUUUAAUCUCGUGUUCACUAUUGUAAUCCACACCAGGCCGCAUUUCCAAUUGUGUUAAACAAAAUUACAGAUCGAACAAUUUUAUUUUAUAAAAUACGUACACAAAUUUGUGUGUAACGCCUGACGUUUGUUGAUAGUUUAAAGAAAUGGUUAUUUUGUGUAAGUUUGUACAGAAAUAUUAGGAUGGGACAAUUUGCAAAGAGAACUUAGAUAUUAAUGAACAUUCCGUUUAGAAUGUUAUUAGUUUUUUUUUUUAUUAUUAUAUAAAAAUAUUUUUUGACAUCGGGAACAAAUUAUGUUGUUUAAUCUUAUUUUGUAACGUUAGUUAAUUUUAAGUGGCUUUAUUUUAGUAACACUAUAGGUAUAUUAUAAUAUUAUAUUGAGAUGUUAUACAUGUCAUUGUUUUUGUGCAAAGUGUUUGGGGUUCUACUCCUGGAUUUAAAGAGAGUUGCGACUGAUAAGUAGUAGAAAAAUAGGCGAGUGCUCACAGUACUGGGCCGGUCUGUAUCUGUACAAAUGGUAUACGCCGCCUUAACACUUAAAAUGUUAUUGACAGUGAUCUCUCACAGUUAAAAUGACCAACUUACAGUGAAACCGUAAAAUGAAACCUACACGUCUUUAAAAGCUGAAUCCAAAGCCUAUUUUUCUGGACAGUUGGUCAUUUUAAGGACCAUUAGACAAUAGAUGAGUAUUGGAAUUUAGGUAAUCAUAAAAGUUAACAACAUAAUUUUCAAUGUCUUUAUUACAAAUACCUCAUUUCAAAUAGCUAUGUAUGUUGUUUGAUAAACUAUAUCAUUAUUAAACGUGCUCAUAAUCUUAUGUAUUGCUCUAAAUGUGAGAAAAGUGACAAAUGUACCCGUUAAAUACAUAUGUGUCUAACUAACCACUUUAAACACAUUUUGUCUAAAAGAGAUCACUGGUUUAUUAGUGAAUCAUUUUUAUUGUAUAUUGUUCAAUCAUUUUUCCACCUAGUUUAAGAAUUUUAGUUUAUUAUAAUAGUGUAAUUUUCAAUUAAUAGGUAGCAAGUAGUGAUUCUUUAAUAUUUUGUUAAUUUUUUCUUAAAUGUAAUAAAAUCUGCGUAAGGGUUAGGUUAGAGUCUUGAGCGGUCCUCGACUGGUCCAGGAAUAAAAAAGACAAUGAAGGGAAGUUGCAUUUUUAAUAAACCUAUAACAAAUUAGGAUUCCGCGAGAUGUUGUAAACGUAGGUACCUAAUUUCAUUUUCAUUUUUAAGAGUGUAUUUUAAUGUUUCCUUUCCUAUUCAGAAAAAAAUAUCGCCUUAUACUAUAUAUAGUACUUUUUAAUUUCACGAUAUCAGUUGAUUUAUAAUUUCAUGUUAUUUGUUGAUGGAAACAAAUUUUUAAUUAGCAAUUAUUGUAUUAAAAAAAAUAUUCAAUAUAGAAUUAGUUUAUUAAAUGUCUGGUGCCUGAUUAAAAAAGUAUCUAGGUAUACCUACUAAGUAAUUAGUUUUAUCUGAUUCAGUAGUCAAAUUGAAUGGACAACCGUAGAAUUUGAUUUCUAAACCAGAAAUUACAAUGAAACAAAAUUGAAUUCUAUGCUCAUGCACUGAAUUUGAUUUCUGUUUUCAUGCGUUUGGAUCUCGCGGCGUUAUGAAAGACAUUGCUAGAUCUUAUAUAAUCUUUAAUAAAUGAAAAAAAGUUGUUAAUUUAUGUGGCUUUAUACUUUUCAGGACAGUCCAAUUCAGUAAUUUUUAAUUUGGUGUCGCGUGACGUUCACUUUUAUAUCAUUCCCCUUGACUCGCUCAAGUAUCCAGUUAAACUGAGUGCAACAAACGUCAAAUUGAUAAUCUAUUUCUGAAUUUGACUGUACCUACGAAGCUGUUUUCUAAUACGAGAAAACGUCUACAAAUGUCUGUAUACCUAAAUGUAAGUUUCGCCUUUAUUGUCACUGUUUGUUUUCCUUUACAACUGUAUGUAUUUCUAGAAUAUUAAUUUAAAAAGUAAUCAUUAUUGUACUAUAAUUACAAUAAUUGACUUAUUAUUAUUGACCAUUUAGAAUUAUCGUGGAAUAGAAUAUGAAGACAAUGGUUUUUGAAGUCUUGAUACAAGACAAAGUUCUUGGGUGUUCGUUUUUUGUAAAAAACAAAAAUAUGUACAACAUGAAGCAUUUAAUUUUAGACAUAUUAAAUAUAAUGUUAUCUUAAUAAAAAAAGGCAUAGUGUAAAUUCAUCUUAUAUUAUUUCACGAUAUUUAUUAAAAUUGUGACGCUUUUAAACAUAUUACAUCACAAUGCUGAGGUUCAUUUUUCUCUUGAGAUGGUUUCUUUGCGACUUUAUAUGGAUGAAAUUACUUAACUGAAAUGAAUACGUUAUUGGAAACAAAAUUUUUAAUCUGGUAUGGACCAAUGUAUCAUAGACACUGUUAUUUCCUAAAUGAUGGCUAACGUUUUUUUAAUAUAUACGACUAAAGGAGCUAACAAGAUCAAAUUAUAAUAUUGUUAUUUACUUAUUGAGUACAAGUUUUAAUGAAAUAUUUUUUUCAAUAUUUACCUUAUCCACUCGCCUCUAUUAUUUUUGUUAUUUUGUUCCUUUAGUUUUUAUAAUUAUUAUUGUUUAACUUUCAUUACAAAUAAUUACAUAGAAGGUUUUGCUUUAAUAUUAGCAACUCAUUGAUAAUUAUUUUUUAUUAAUGAAUUAUAAUUAUUAUUAUUAUAUAUUUUUCACUUCCUCAGUAAAAAGUGAUGUUCAUAGAUUUAUUGUUGUUCUAUAGCUACGUUGCUCAGAUAAAACAGAAUGUUUUGUAAAACUAUUUGGAUUGGCUGAAAACGCGAUUGGCAAACCGCUGUUAUAUUAAAUCUAGUCAAAUUUUUAGAGAUGGAAAUUUUGAAAAGCUUAGCGUUUCGACUGACUUUUUAAUGAAAAGUUGAAAAUAACGUCCAAAACAGUCGCUAGGCGACAUAAAAAGUUGAUUUGAAAUCGUGGAAUUGUAGACAAUGUUUGUAAAAAUGAAAACUGUUUCUUACAUAUACUGUAACUUUAAAAUUAUUUGAAGUGAUUUUUUUUCAUAUGUAAUGUCCUUUAUCUAUAAGAUCUUUAUAUCUUACGUUAAAUAUCUUAAUGAUGUGGCUGGUGAGGCAGGUGUAAGAAUGUGCAAGGAUAUUUAAAACCUGUAUACAAUAAAUUUCUUUCAUUUGUUGAA